CAAACCUGCGCCAAACCUGCGCGCGCCUUGACUCGCAUCAACUGCUCACUCAGAUCCUCCGCUUUGUAAAAGAAUUCAAAAGUAAUGUCUUAAUGUUAUUUAAUAUUGCGCGGUAGUUUUUACUCUCCACACAGUAAACUGAGAUCCAGUGUAUCUGUACUACCGUCUCUUUGAGUGAGAAGGUGACCGUUGCUGUAACCACACUUCCAGGUGUUGUGUUUUAUCAGCGCGUUUGUAGUAUCGUUUGAAGCUUCAUGUCGAUAGAUAGAUCGAUAGAGCGAUCGAUAUGUCGGUUGUAUGUUUACAGUUGGGUCAGUGUGGGAAUCAGAUAGGACACGAGCUCUUCAGUGUCAUAAGCGAUGAUUCCAGUGGAGCGAACAGAAAGAAGUACAAACAGUGCAGUGAAGAGAGAUUCUUCUAUGAAACAUCUACUGGAGAACUUGUGGCGCGGUCAGUGCUUGUUGAUAUGGAGCCCAAAGUGAUCUCUCAAGCAAUAGCCAAGGCUUCUAAAUCUGGACGAUGGAGAUAUGGAGACAAGGCAGAUUUCUCCCAGAAGCAGGGCUCUGGAAACAACUGGGCGAGUGGGUUCUGUGUUCAUGGACCACGUCAUGAAGAGGCUGUGGAGGAUCUGGUGCGGAUGGAGAUGGAGCGCUGUGAUCGUCUGGCUGGGAUCUUCACCAUGAUGAGUGUCGCAGGGGGCACUGGUUCUGGUGUGGGCACUUACAUCACUCAGCGUUUGAGAGACUCGUACCCCAGCUCCUUCAUCCUGAAUCAAGUAACAUGGCCCUACGAGGCUGGCGAGGUGAUCGUGCAAAACUACAACUCUGUGUUGACUCUGUCACACCUCUACCAGCUCUCUGAUGCUAUUCUGGUUCACGAGAAUGACACUGUGCACACGAUCUGCAGUCGGCUGAUGAACAUCAAACACAUCUCCAUCAGUGACAUUAAUAAGGUGAUCGCUCACCAGCUGGCCAGUGUACUUCAGCCCGCUUAUACCGCUGAUUCACCCUGCCAUUACAGCACAAACCCCAUAGGGGAAUUACUGACGUCUUUGGUGUGUCACCCUGAGUACAAACUGCUCAGCUUGUGUAACAUUCCUCAUAUGUCCAGCACGUCUCUGGCCUACAGUGUGUUUAACUGGCCUGGGCUGCUGAAGCAUCUACGUCAAAUGCUCAUCGCCAGCGCUAGGAUGGAGGAGGGAAUCGACUGGAAGGUCAGCACCCCGUCAGCAGUCACAUCUGCAGGAGAGAGUGGAACAAACAGCAGGCAGAAAAGUUUCAAUUUAUCACUUGCUAAUCUCCUGAUACUACGGGGGAAAGAUGUCUCUACUGCAGUCACAGAUGGUUUUAAGGAUCCUGCGUUAUAUGUGCCGUGGCUUAAAACAGAAAAUAGUUUCAGCACAUGGACCUCUCCUGUAGCCUUCAAUGGAUAUGAAAAGUCUGCCACUUUGGUCAGUAACAACCAGUCCCUUUUGAAACCCCUGGACAAUAUAGUCAGGAAAGCUUGGAACAUGUUUGCAUCAAGGGCCUAUGUUCAUCAGUAUACAAAGUUUGGAAUCUGUGAGGAGGAUUUUCUGGACAGUUUUACGGCACUAGAACAGAUCAUCUCCAGCUACACACAUCUCUGAUUUCCCUGAUCAGAAAGAUUGUGACAAUGAUGUGCCUUUACCUGACCCUGGAGAAAAUUACAUUUCUUAAUAU